AUGAAAUGCGAUGAAGUUAAGCCGAUCUGCGGUCCUUGUGCCAAGAAGGAACGAAUAUGUGACUAUGCGACCUCAGAGACGCAUCGCGUCGAUCUUGCGGCUUCGGAUAGGCCUGUUACUAGGACCCGUCCUGACCUGUCAGCCACGCAGCAAAUACCGAAUUCGGAGCAGAUCAAUGACCCCAACCAAAAUAGUCCCAAUACAGAUCCGGUGCAUCACGAGCCGCAGCUAAACCCCGGUUAUACUUGGGCAGCCUCAGAAGGAGAGACCGAUCCUCCAGCACCUCUAUUGGAAUACCGAUCAGAGGAUGAACUAACUCCAGGUCAGACCUCGGAAACCUUACAUGGGGACUACUUGUCACCGUCCACCGCAUCUCUUGCGGCUGUGCGAUGGCUUGGGCUGCUGGCUGGUGGUUUCCCUGGUGAUAACCUACAGCAGUCGACCGUUUCUAAUAUCUGGGAGAGCCACAGUCUGGCCCUCGGCCACUCUGAAAACGAUGACCCGCCUCAGGUUAGCUCACUACAGCGAGCAACUCAGGUGUUGGAUAGUCCUUGCGGCGGUGCUGCGAGUCUGGACGUGACCAAUGGCCACGCCACCGAAGGCAGUGCGCUGACGGAGAUGCAAAUAUGGCAGUCACGCGAACCAAUAGAGCUCUCGCCGGACGAGCAGGCCUUAUUUGAGCACUUCGUACACCAUGUUAGUGCCUGGAUCGAUCUUUUUGACCCGACAAACAAGUUCUCUACAUUAGUUGCUCAUCUUGCGUUGCGUAAUGCUGGUCUUCUAAACGCUAUAUUAGCUCUCGCCUUUCGGCAUCUGGCGGUACAGCCUGGGCAAGACGAUCCAGUCAUCGUGAAUAAGCCGGAGCUGGCUCUCCAAUACUACUACCAAACCCUUCAUUACGUGCGCAGGGCUAUGCUUUAUCCUACUUACAAGACGAGCCUCGAGCUCCUUUCGACUGCUCUGAUUAUUUCUGCGUAUGAAAUGCUGGACAACUCCACGAAUGAUUGGGAGCACCACCUGGAGGGCGUCUUUCUGAUCCAAAGAUCCCAAACAAUCCAUGGAGAGACUGGUGGGCUGCAAUCGGCUGUUUGGUGGGCAUGGCUGUGCCAGGACCUCUGGGCUGCCUUUCGCGAGAAACGCAAGACUCUUACGUUUUGGGUACCACAAAAGCCUCUUUCGGCGUUAUUACCUCAUGAGCUUGCUAAUCGCUCUAUAUAUAAUGCUGCGAAGGUGAUCAGCUUCUGUGCAACUACGACAACAACAGAAAACAUCCAGCGUCAAAUCAACGAAGCAACCACUCUUCGGACUACGCUGGAAGAGUGGAGACGGCAUUUGACCGUUGAGUUCUCUCCCUUGCCGCUUGGGUCACGCGGUGCAUCGUCGUGUUUUCAGCCUGUAUGGAUUCGUCCCCCAGAAUUUGGUAAGUGA